AUGGAGUUUGAUCUUGAAGAUCCCAUAUCAUGCUUCAAAGAAAAUCAAACUUGUAGUAUAUCAGAACUCUUUGCCUCAGAAUCUGAUUACAUGCCAUCACCAAACCACUUAAGCUCAGCAGAUUUUCACGUUUCAUUUCGUUGUGAGGUUAGUGUUAUUCAGGUCCAUUUUUCCUGCAAUUUGGACCCAUUUGUAUCUUACCUUGCCAUAAAUUACUUGGAUCGCUUCAUGUCAAGGCAAGAAAUACCGAGGUUGCAGCAGGAAAAUUCAUGGUUCCUUAGGGUCAUUGUCAUCGCUUGUCUUUCUCUUGCUUCAAAGAUGAAGAACACACCCUUCUCACUUUCUGAUUUUCAGAAAGAAGGUUACAUAUUUGAUGCUCGAAGCAUUCAGAAAAUGGAGCUUCUUAUUCUUGGAGCUCUGGAAUGGCGUAUGAGGUCCAUUACACCAUUUCCAUUCUUGCAUUUCUUCAUUUCUGUGUCAAAACUCAAUGACCCAUCAGUGAAACAAGCACUCAAAAUUCGAGCUUCAGAGAUAAUCCUUAAUACUCACAGUGAUAUUAAAUUUUCAGAGUAUAAACCUUCAAUUAUUGCAGCAUCAGCACUUAUCUCUGCAUCUCAUGAGUUAUUUCCACUGCAAUAUUCUACUCUCAGAGCAUCAGUUCUAGCUUGUGAGUAUCUAGAUGAGGAGAUAUUAUCCAAGUGCUUCAAUUUCAUCCAAGAGUUGAAGAUACAAGCAAAUGCUUCAGUAAUAGACACGAGCCUUAGAGCACAGAAGCAGAGAAUUUGA